AAAAAAAAAAAGAUAAAAAAAAGUACAUCUAAAUAUGUGUGCAUAAUUAUGAACUCACCUAUACGCACAGUUAUGUUUCCCUCCGUGGACACACGCAAGUUCGAUCUGCACACAGGAUUAAUCUAAGCCCUGCCGAGGAAGUACACUCCCCUCCAUUUCGCGUAAGCACUUGUCCGUAUGUCUCUCUCUCUCUAUGUGUGUGCUUAUUUGUGAACCCUGCCAAUGCAUGGUAAAAGGAGAAUGCCCGCACACUUUUGCAUUUAUUGGAGAGAAAAAUUAAGAAGCUCCUUCCGAGUUUCAUCGCAGAAAGGUCUACAUUACUUACAAGACAAACGUGCAUGCGCGCAGUGAAACGACUUCGCCUUUUUUUCUUCUCCCCCAAAUUACCGCCAUCAAUUGCGUAACAUGAUUGACUCGUGCCCAAGUAGCGCUUUAAACGAGUUCCGCUUAAGUGAAGAGCAGAUCAUCGAAAAUUUCACGCGCAACCGAAAUGGUUCGAAGCAGGACGCGCCACAGUUGUUGUGUGCCCCCAAGAGGGACGAUGAUCCCCUGAAUGAAUACCCUUACCCGCGCCCACCUGACGAGGUGGAAAAACGCAGAAUGCCAGUCCUUGCACCUGGCAGAGGUCUUCCCCCUGCGGAUCGCGUCACACUUAACUGCAACAAUUUCGAUGACCCCCGCGGGACGGACUACCCCGUUGAAAGCCUGCUACGCAAAAUAAGGAACUUGGAAAAUGAAAAAAAAUACCUACUGAAGUCUUUGGAGAAUAAAAAAAACGUGGAAUUGGAGUAUAGGAAGGCGCUCGAGACACAGGCCGCAUUCGUCAGCGCAGAGAAUAAAAAGUCCCAGUUCUACGAAAACGAAUGGCUGCACAUGAAGUCGCAAGAGCACUCGUUCAUGACUUCCGGGAGAGCCCCCCUGAGGCAGACGCUGGAGUUGUUUUACGAAGAUGAUGACCUGUACAAGAAAUUGGGAAGCCUCACCAGCACCCAGGAAAUCUUCAUCGCUAACUUGAUCGAGGACCAUAAGGACUUGGCGCGGGAAAGGAAUUCCAUUUCGAGGAAGUACCAGGAGGCCGUGGACGCCAACUUCCAACUCUAUCAACAGAACGAAAUGCUCAAAGCGCAAAAUAUAAACCUCGUGGAAAGGAACAAAGACGCGAUAGAUCACCAAAUGGAAAAAAACUUAGUCGCGCUGAAUACCUCGCUCAUUCAUGUCCAGAAGGAGAACAUCCAACUCAAGGAAACAGUAGACCAAUACACACAGCUCAUCGAGAACAUAGAAAAAUGCUCCGAAGUAAAUACAGAGAAGUCCCUAGUGAAUUCCAUCAAGGAGGAGUUGAACAAGUUUAAAAAAUAUUUGCAAAUAUGA